UUUGGAUUUUAAAUUGCAUACGUAUGAAUCAAAUUAUAAACGCUAAAAACAAUGGCCAGAAAAGGAGGAGCACAACAGUUACAGACUGAAAUUAAGACUGACGAUGAAUUGGAAAAGUUUUUAACUCGUCCUGGAUUGCUAAUUUUGGAAGUCUAUUCAGAAUGGUGUGGACCAUGCCUGGGACUACUUGGCACAUUGCGACGAGUUAAACUUGAAAUGGGUGGCGAUAACUUGCAGCUGGCAACAUGCCGCGCAGAUACAAUAACAUCUUUAAAGCGUUUCUACAAAAAGAGCGAACCCACUUGGCUAUUUGUUACAAAUGGUCGGGCUGUUAAUCUAUUUUUCGGAGCUGACGCUCCAAAGUUAGUGGAUUUGAUAGUGAAAGAACUGGAGAAGGCAUCACUAACCACAUCGCGACCAACUUAUAACAUAGGCGAUCUUCAGCCCAUUGAGGCUGAAGCUUUGCGUAUCAAAACGGAGGCUCUACAAAAAGCCGAACGUGCUGAAUUUGAAAAGAAAGAGAAAAAGCGUCUCGAUUAUCUGAUGCGUUGCACCGAUGUGAUAAUGGAAAACUUGCCGGAUAUUGGCGUCACAGUCUUUGGACCACAAGUAUCUCGAGAUAUGUUCAAGAAGCUAUCUGAACCCGCCGAGCAUCUGAAAAUGCAAUGCAAAGAUCGCAAAUAUCUUGAAGUGUCGACAGCCGAUUUCGAUGUGGUUAACUUUGCCUGCAAGAAUCCUUUAUCACCCGAUAUUAUUGAGCAGUUGAAUGGCAAAGAGUUGCUCAUGUGCUUCUGGAAGAUCGACGAGUCAGCGGGUGCCAUAACUAAUGUGCUAGCCCAAUAUGCCCACGAGCUGACAAAGGAGAGAGUUGCGCCGCCCGAUGAUGAAAUCAAUGUUCCGCAUCCGAUUCCACCCAUUAUAGCGCCCCUGAAGAUUAAAUUCGAGGUCGAAGUGGAAGAUGGUGAAGUCUGGGUGGAAGAAGUGAGUUCCGAGGAGGAAGCCAGAAAAGCCGCCGAGCGCAAGCUGGCCGAAAAGAAAUCCGUCACUCAAAUGCACGACGAAACGCGUGGCAAGGAUCAGGACGGCGCCGAAGACAUUGAUGAAGAGGAGGGCACCGAGGAGGAGGAAGUGGUGCAAACGGCACAGCCAGUGGCGACGAGCAUGGGCUUCGACAUUGACAUGGGACUCGAUGUCGAUGCCGUCGUCAGCGAAGAGGAGAUGGUCGAGGAGGAAGAGGAGCCUCCGAAGCCAUUGACGCGGACGAAACGCGUCAAGAUUCCCCCAAUUUGGGUGGCAAACAAUCGUCGCACUCACGCUGCCCUGAUCUUAGUGUUCUUCCGCGGCCAAACCGGCGGAUUCUUGCCACCAGAUCCGCCACCAGAGCCGCCGCACGUUGUGAUGGCAUUCGAGGCGAAUAAACGUGACGAUAUCAUGGAGGUGGUCGAUGGAGUUCGAGAAGAUGUGCCGCAAUAUGGUUUCUUUACCAACGAUACGCCUGGUGAGGCCAAACUGAUAACCAACUCCAUAUACAAAUAUGAUGAGCUAAAGGAUUCAACGCCCAACGAUCGAUUUGUGCUUAAAGUGAACAAAGUUCAGUCCUAUACUAUGCUGUCGUUGGUACAAUUCGAACCCACUUAUUGUAGUAAUGAUGUUAACGUCGGUCGCACGGAUGCCCUCAAGUUCUUCCCAGAAGAUUAUAAAGUCGAUGAGGAAAUUCCAGCGGAUGAGAAGAGGACACCCAAGAAGAAGAAGAAGACACCAGCCACAGUCGAGCCUGUCGAAGAACCAGCUGGAUCACGUAAGCCGUCCCUGGAUCAAAGCAAAUCCGCUGAAGUUCCCGCUGAGGCAGCCAUCGAAGAAGCACCCAAAGCAUCUGAAGGUCAAGAGCCGCCGGGCGAGGCAGCUACGGCAGAGGGGCAACCGCCGACUGAAGCAGCAGCUGCAGUCGCCGAUCCAGCUGCUGCUGCUGCUGCCGAAGCCGAGGGUGAAGCAGCACCUGUCACUGGCGAAGCUGGCGCAGCAGAGCAGCCAGCACCCAAAGAGGAGACACCCGCAGCAGCUGAGCCAGCAGCUGAAGCACCCGCAGCUGACACUGCUGCGCCUGCGGCUGAAGAAGCCAGCCCUGCAGCGGCGCCAGCUGAACCGGUUGCAGCGGAGUAGACUGUUAACGUAUGUGUAAAUAUGUGCCAUUUAUUUAAAAAGUUCGAUCGAAAUAAAAUUAAGCGUCCUUUUUCUCGGAUAA